GAUGGUUUAAAUCCCGCACGAUGAGAAUUCAAAUCGUCAUUUUAUCGCCGUCGUUAAAAUGCCGCCGGCCGGAGAACUCCAACAUUCACCGGGUAACCAAUCUAACGACACUCAACCUUCCGAAUCAGAAGCCACGGCGGAGAUUUUCGCAGCUGAGGCGGAUGCGGAGGCUGCAGGAUUAUGGACACAGAUCAAAGCGGAAGCUCGCCACGACGCCGAGGAGGAGCCGGCGUUAGCUAGCUACCUUUUCUCGACGAUUCUCUCUCAUUCAUCUCUUGAGCGAUCUAUCUCGUUUCAUUUAGGAAACAAGCUCUGCUCCUCGACGCUCCUCUCCACGCUUCUAUACGAUCUCUUCCUAAACACAUUCACCUCCGAUCCUUCUCUCCAAAACGCCACCGUCGCGGAUCUGCGCGCUGCUCGCGUACGUGAUCCGGCUUGUAUCUCGUUCUCACAGUGCCUUCUCAAUUACAAAGGCUUCCUCGCAAUUCAGGCGCAUCGUGUCUCGCACAAGCUAUGGACUCAAUCGCGUAAGCCAUUAGCCUUAGCUCUUCACUCACGAGUCUCCGACGUGUUCGCCGUCGAUAUCCAUCCAGCAGCGAAGAUCGGGAAAGGGAUACUUCUCGACCACGCGACAGGUGUCGUGAUCGGAGAAACAGCUGUGAUUGGGAACAAUGUCUCGAUCCUCCACCACGUGACGCUUGGUGGGACAGGUAAAGCUUGUGGAGACAGGCAUCCGAAGAUUGGUGACGGCUGCUUGAUCGGAGCUGGAGCGACUAUUCUCGGGAACGUUAAGAUCGGGGCAGGAGCUAAAGUGGGUGCUGGCUCUGUUGUUCUGAUUGAUGUUCCUCCGCGAGCGACGGCGGUUGGGAAUCCGGCGAGGCUUGUCGGAGGAAAAGAGAAACCAACGAUGCAUGAUGAGGAGUGUCCUGGAGAAUCGAUGGAUCACACUUCAUUCAUCUCGGAAUGGUCAGAUUACAUUAUUUGAAGUAAUAUUAUAUUUGUUAAUGUGUUUUUGAAAGCGAUUGAUUGUUCGGUUGAGUUUGGUAGAAUGGCUGAGUGAUUUUUUGUUGGAUUUAUAAAUUGUUAAGAUGUUCAAUGCAGU